AUGGAUAACACAACUAGUUAUGUUAACCUUUUGUAUAGUCAAAGUUCAGUUGACCUUGAAUCACCCGAACCUGUUUGGUUCGGUAGCCAAGGUCCUGAUGAAUCUGUUGUCGAGUCUGCUGUCAAGGAGAGGAGGAAAUGGUCUCCGAAAGAGGAUAAAAUCCUUAUUGGUGCUUGGCUUAACACCAGUAAAGAUCAUGUUGUUGGCAAUGAGCAGAAAGCUGGUGUUUUCUGGAAGAGGAUUGUAGAUUACUACAACGCAAGCCCUCAUCUGGUUGGAACAGUACCUAGAGAGCUUGGUCAGUGCAAGCAGAGGUGGGCUAGGAUCAACGAGCAAGUCUGCAAGUUCGUUGGAUGCUACAAUGCGGUUCUGAGGGAGCAGAAAAAUGGUCAAAAUGAUGAUGAUGUGAUGAAAGCUGCGCUAGACUAUUACUUCAAUGCUUACUUCGUCAAGUUCAGCCUCAAACAUGCCUGGAGGGAGCUGAGGCAUGACCAGAAAUGA